ACGGGCAUGGUGGCCUACCAAAACGCCGUGUUCCAGCCAAUUCUCGACCACCUGUGGGCCGGCCAGCAACAGCACGCAAGAGACGCGUUUUGCUGCUCUGUGUCACCUCGCAGCACCAGUGCUGAUCGUCACCAGGACGGCACGGCAUCGCCUCCACCCGCAGCAAGAUGCUCCCCGCCGCCAUGUGACCUGGAGCUCGUUGUGACCAACACCGAAGGCGCUGAAACAGCAGCCUUUCCCUGCCACUCCUUCGUGGCCUUUCCUCUCAGCCCUGUCUUGGCCAGUAUGGCCGAGCAACAACAACAGCAGCAGCAACAACAACAGCAGCAGCACUCGUCCGGCCGACGCGUCCUCUCUUUUCGUUCCCGCUCCAAGGAUGGCCGUGCUGCAUCGUCAACAAGAAAGCGCAAUGGUGCCGGCAGGGGCGAUCGCGGGCUCAACUUGAUCAGGAUACAGGUGGACGCCGUUGUUCCGCAAGCACUGUGCAUUUUGGUCGCCUUGAUGUAUGGCCAGGGCGUGGACCAGGCUGCCUCUUUCGCCGACACCAGCCCACCUUCUUUGCCCACUUCGACCAUGACCUCCCCCUCAUCCACGACGGAUGCGCAAUCCCCCUUUGCCGUGUGGUUCGAAGACGUCUUUGCUGUUGCGCAUCAGCUGCAGAUGCAUCACGUCUGUGAACUGCUGGUGGCCCGCGCAAAACAGCACAUUACCGAGUGCCUGCAACCAUCGGCCGCCACUGCGAACAGAAUCACUGCAUGCGCAAGUCCCGCGCAUGUGCUUGGCUCGUGGUGGCGCCGUGCUCAACAUCCAAACCUGCGCGGCAUCCGAGAGCACGUUGUUGCGACCGCCCUGUGCCAUGUCACUACAAGCGCCUUCGCCGCUGACGCUGAUGACACUCGUGCUGCUGUUGAGCAGACGACAACAGCCACCAGCAGCGGCUUCGUUUCUUGUGAUGACGGUCACAGUGCGUGUGACACAAGCACGCGGCGGCUUGACUCGUCGCCCUUCACUGCAUGGCCGGCCACAAUGCUUGCAAGCAUGCUCAUUGCUGCUCGCCCGCCACACCAGCUGGAUGACGUUGUCAUGCUUCUCUCGCGCUGGCUCCAUGCCCGCACACCAGCACAGCAACAGCAGCAAGGGCAAGAGCAGCCAACAUCAGCAGCAGCAGCAACUGCAGCGGCAGCAGAAUCGCGGGAGUUUAGCGCUGUUCGCACGAGCCACCAGUCGUCACAAUCGCGGGGUUUGCGCCGUGCGAGCGUGAGCAGCGGGCAGUUACCGCCGUCCUUUGGGACAAUGGCGCGAUCAAGUGGUGGAAGUGUCAGCCGCAGCAGCAGCGUCACCAGCCGUGGCGUGGGGCUGUCCUCACACGUGCCGCUGCUCACACUCACCCCCGCAGAUGCAGCAGCACGGGCAUCAUCAUCACCACCACCACUGCCGUUCCCGCAGUCAUCGCGCCGGCUGUCAGCGACUUCGUCCCACGCAUCAACACGCCGUUACUCGCGCUUCUCUGCGUCUUCGCACACGCGCACGCGCUCGCCAUCAGCAGAGUCUGUGUUUGCCAGCGUCUCGCCACGCACAACACCACUGCCCGUGCUGCACCUGCGUCACCUCGUGUCACAAGGAUGCCAGACAGACAGCAAUGAGGAGGGCGCUCAUGUUGCGAGUGAAGACAGCGCAAUGCACGCCACAGGCGUCAACACGGCAGCUUCUGCCUCGAUUGCAGGGCGACCCGCUGUUGCACUUGAAGGGGAAACUCACGGCCGUGAUGGUGAAGAGGAGAAUGCAGACAGCGGCGGUGACUGUGGCACUGGUGGUGGGAUUGGUGAUGUGAGCACGAUAUCUGCACCCCAGGAGUCGACACGCUUCACGCUCGCGCCGUUGCGACGCAGCUCCCAUCACACGUCCGCGAUGGAUGAGAACGACAGCACCUAUGCCUAUGAUGGUGGUGUUCAGGAUACUGUUGGGGAUGGUGAUGACGACCACAUGCGUGGGGGUGUUGACUUCCCUUUCCGUGACAUCUCAUUGUCCAGAGGCCUUCGUGAUGACGGCACAAGCGCACGCGAGCGCGUGUGGUCAUUCACGUCAUCCACAGCAGACGAGUCGCCAAUUCGGAUGCACCACCUCAGCCGUUGCCACCCUGAUCAGCAGCAUUCUCAAGGCGAUGGCCGCAGUGGUGUCUCCGGUGUGGCCAACGCUUGCAGCUUUGACUAUGGUCAUGAUGGUGGGUAUGAGUAUGGUGAUGGUGAUGGUGAUGGUGAUGGACGGAGUGACAGCGAGUUUAUUCCGCCACCCGCCAUGUUCUGGGCUGCGGACGCCGAGCACACGGGCGCUUUUGCGGCAGUCAAUGCCAACAUGAACCCGCUGACAGCGUUUCCACCGCCGGCAUUUUUCGAGGACGACAGCAUGUUCAUGCGCACAGGAGCGGCUGACGCUUCUUUUGAUGGUGGCGACCCAAGUGAUGAGAUGGCUGAAGUUAGCGACCCGCACUUGGACGAAUGUGACGAGUGCCGUGGUGAUGACGACGACAACGACAAUGAACCUGAUCAAAUGGUGUGCGCACACCGGCACGCUACUGUCAUUGAUGCUGAUGAUGUUGGUGGCGAUGCAAUGGAUACCACAGCAAACUGCAGCAAAGCCAACGAUCAAUGUGACGAUGACGAUGAUGAUGAUGAUGACGAUGAUGAUGAUGAUGAUGAUGAUGAUGAUGAUGAUGAUGAUGAUGAUGAUGAUGAUGAUGAUGAGGGAGAGAAUGAGUGGCGAUCGCUUGAUGAUCUCGAUGUUGACAGAACAGCGUACACGAUGCCAGCGUUUCAGCGCCAGCAGCCGCAACCAAAGCGUUCCACGCAGAUAUCACACUCGCAAUCGCACAUGUCCAACAGCAGCGGUUGGCAUGGUGCCUUUGAUCUUGCCGGUGCACGUGUUCGCGAUGAUGGUGACGGUCACAUUUCCCCGCUCGGCCAGACAACAGCAAACAGAGCGCUGCCCACGCGCGCGGGUGCUGCGAAGCAGUCAGCAGCAGCGAAGCGUGAACAACACAUGCCCGCGGGCGUGCCGUGGACAGCAAUUACAGCGCCAUCAGCGCAUGAAUCAGAGACAGGCGCGCCGUCUGUGCCGCUGUCGGGGAGUGCAGGCCCUGUUCCACGCAUUGUUGUGUGCGGCGGCGAAGGCAUGAGGGAUGUGGGGUACUCGUUGCAAGCAUUCCACCACGAGACAAACACGUGGGUGUCGUUGGCUGAGGCACACCUUCCCCGCGUGUGUGCGGCAUCUGUCGUCGUUGGCGCGCACUUGUAUGUGUUCGGUGGCGAGAAUGCGUUUGGCUCAUGCGAAGUGUUUGACGCGACGUGCAAUGCCUGGACAACACUGCCACCGUCGCGUGCGUGCCUCGCUGGUGCAGCCGCUGCUUCUGUCGACAGCACCAUCUACGUGCUUGGCGGACACGGCCCCGAUGGUUUCGCGCAGGCAUGUCUCUCAUCCUAUCACACGCAGACGAGAGCGUGGACGGCACUGCCUGCCAUGCGACAGGCCCGCACACACCACGCCUGCACCGCGAUUGGCGAUUCUGCUGUGAUUGUUGUUGUUGGCGGUGAGACGUCAGCAGGCGAACCAACAAGCGAUGUUGCUGCGUUUGAUGCAAUCACAAACAAGUGGACACAGCUUCCUCCCCUCGCCGUUGCCAGGAGCCGCACUGCCGUCUGCGGUGUUGACGGCAGUGUGUAUGUCAUUGGUGGGCGUGACGUCAACGGAGACGAAUUGUCGUCUGUGGAAGUCCUCCACCCCGGUGCAGGCGAAUGGAUGCCAGGGCCACCUCUCCCGCACCCGCGAAGUCAGCUGGCCGCCGUGUGCUGUUUUGGAAAGAUCUGCGUGUUGGGCGGAUGCACUGGCGAUGUCGACUUGCACGACGCAGACGCCAUCCUGCAGCUCUCAUUGCAGACGCACACGUGGGGUUAUGGGACGCUGCCGUCACACAGCAAGCUCAACAGGCGCGCAAGCUCUGGUCGCAGUGUGUUCUCCACACUUGGUGUGCGUGUUGGCCUGUGUGCGGGAACACUUCCCUGCACACUGCCCGCGCCAUCAUCCGAUAUGCUGCUGGCGAUUGAGGAGUUUGAGUGCAAGUUUGGCGUCGUGAACAUGCCCUCUGGCGCCAAGUCUGUGUACCACGCCAUUACAUCACUGGCCAUGGAGGAAGGGGUUGAACCGAAGGACCUGGAAACCUGCUCCCACGUGCCCGUCAGCCACGGCAGACUCAUGCGUGUGCUGUCGUGGCUGGAGCAGCAGGGCAUGGUGUAUCGAUCAGCCACCAAUGGCCGCUACAAGCAGACGCUGCACCUCAGCCCCGACGAUUACAUCUCAGAGCACUCCGAGCCCGAGGCCCAGGAGGUGUAGCAGCGCGCGCGCGCGCGUGUGCGUGCGUGUGCGUGCGUGUUUGUUUGUGUGUUUAUCACCGUGUAUUUGACUCCUUGCGUUUGACAUCGAUGGUUGAUUAAUGUAACAACCAUAACUCAAACUUUCAGACAUCACUCGAGCGUGUGCGUGUGCACGCGAUCUUGCGCA